GAUGAAGCUUGGAGUUGUUUUCAUGGUUUUCUUCUGAUAAAUUCGAUCUUCUUCUGCUCCAAGUUUUCAAUCUUUUGUUUCUCUGAAUCCGGUUUCAUUCAAAAGUCACUUUGACCUGUGUUUAAAUGGUGGGAUUGAAUUGAUAUUAGGGGGUUUUGGGCGAAACAGGGAUUUGGGUCUGCGUUGAAAUCGCAUACUUCCAUUACCCAGAACCUGGACUUAUCUAGGGACUUAGGUAGAAAUGGCUUCUUUGUCAAGUUUAUCGUGGUUGUCUUCAUCUGCACCCUUUGUUAGCUCUUCUCGGUCUGAUGGGUACGGCGUUUUGGGUAUAAAGAGGAACGAUUGUUGUGUAUAUAAGCAGAGGCAGGAUAAGAGAAAUGUUAUUUGUGCGUGUAUGGCCCCUUCUCGGAGCUUGGAGAGCGAUGAAGUCUCUGGGGCCAAAUUCAAUCAAUCAUCCAAAUCUGAGAGUUUGAGCAAGUCAUUUCAGCAUGAGAGUGAUUCAGAUGUUCUCAUUGAAUGUCAAGAUGUCUACAAAUCAUUUGGUGAAAAGCAUAUCUUGCGAGGUGUCAGCUUCAAGAUUAGACAUGGUGAAGCUGUUGGGAUUAUUGGCCCUUCUGGAACUGGGAAGUCAACCAUUCUCAAGAUUAUAGCUGGACUUCUUGCUCCAGACAAGGGAGCGGUUUAUAUUCGAGGAAGAAGGAGAGCUGGUUUGAUCAGCGAUGAUGAAAUUUCUGGUCUUCGAAUUGGACUGGUGUUUCAAAGUGCAGCACUUUUUGAUUCUCUGACAGUUCGUGAAAAUGUUGGUUUCCUUUUAUAUGAGAAUUCAAGAAUGCCAGAGGAUCAAAUCUCACAGCUUGUGACAGAGACAUUGGCUGCUGUUGGUUUGAAGGGAGUUGAGGACCGGUUGCCAUCUGAGUUGUCUGGUGGUAUGAAGAAAAGAGUCGCUCUAGCUCGUUCUAUAAUUUUUGAUACCACAAAGGAAUCAAUAGAGCCAGAGGUGCUUUUGUAUGAUGAACCCACAGCAGGACUUGAUCCAAUUGCAUCUACUGUAGUGGAAGAUCUCAUCCGUUCAGUACAUGUGACAGGUGAGGAUGCUGUAGGGAAACCUGGAAAGAUUGCAUCUUAUGUGGUUGUUACUCAUCAACAUAGUACCAUUAGAAGAGCUGUUGACAGGUUGUUGUUUCUAUAUGAGGGAAAGAUCGUUUGGCAAGGAAUGACUGAAGAAUUUACAACAUCAACCAAUCCAAUUGUUCGACAGUUUGCAUCUGGGAGCCUGGAUGGUCCUAUCAGAUAUUAGUGCAAGUACCGAGGUUCCUAGAGUUGAUUCAUCACUAUCACAAUCGCAAUUAAUUUGGCAUCUACUGGGGUUGCUGUGAUAAUAUUUUUGGCUUCACUUGGUAAUCUGGAGCUGAUCUACGAAUCUCAGGAAGGGUUUUUUCACCAGUGUCUUUGCCGGAUGAUGCAUGAUGUGACUAGGUCUAUUUUUCAUUUUUCCAUUUACGUUUCUUGCUCUAUUUGUUAUGGCUACCCACAAAGGGGAGCAUAUUGAAUUUAUGUAACAUUCUAAAUGCUCUUAGCAAUCAUUGACAAACUCAAACAUAAAUCACAACAUAAAUAAAAGGAAUUGAAGUGUGGAACUACAAAAGAGGAGGGAAGGGAAAAAUCAAAUGCCCAAGACAUAUUCUUGGCGCCUACGUCCUCUCUACAAGCCUCCUUUGUAUCUAGUAACUUCAAACUCCCUGUGAUUUCUGGGACUCGUAGAAAUUGUUACAAGUAACUCGAGCUGUGAACCCCAUCGAGGACUAUACCCCACGUCCAGAAGUAUUCUAAGGAUUAAACCUCAAUUCCUAGA